AUGGAAUUCUUGAGAGCAGGAGCAAAUGUCAUGCAGACUUUCACCUUUUCUGCCAGUGAAGAAAAGUUGGAAAGCAAGUGGAAAGAUGUAAAUGCCGCUGCCUGUGACCUCGCCAGAGAAGUGGCUGACAAAGGUGAUGCUUUGGUAGCAGGGGGUAUCUGCCAGACAGCAAUAUAUAAACAGGACGCGGAUGAAGCAAGAGUUAAAAGACUUUUUCGACUACAAGUAGAGGUUUUUACCAGGAAAAAUGUGGACUUCUUGAUUGCAGAGUAUUUUGAGAAUGCUGAGGAAGCUGUGUGGGCUGUGGAAGUCUUAAAGGAAUCCGGGAAACCUGUGGCAGCUACCAUGUGCAUAGGCCCAGAGGGAGACAAGAAUGACGUAACACCUGGAGACUGUGCUGUGAAGCUGGUGAAAGCAGGGGCUUCAAUCGUUGGCGUGAACUGCCGAUUUGGGCCUGGGAUCAGCUUGAAGACAAUGAAGCUCAUGAAGGAAGGCCUCCAAGCUGCAGGAUUGAAAGCACAUCUGAUGGUGCAGUCUCUGGGGUUCCACACACCUGACUGUGGCAAAGGAGGGUUUGUGGAUCUCCCAGAAUAUCCCUUUGGACUGGAGCCCAGAACUGCAACCAGGUGGGACAUUCAAAAAUACGCCAGAGAGGCCUACAACCUGGGGGUCAGGUACAUCGGCGGGUGCUGUGGAUUCGAGCCCUAUCACAUCAGGGCGAUUGCAGAGGAGCUGGCCCCAGAAAGGGGCUUUUGGCCCCCCGCUUCUGAUAAGCAUGGUAUUUGGGGAACUGGCCUCAAUAUGCAUACCAAACCCUGGAUUAGAGCCAGGUAG